AUGGGGGACCAAGCGGAAACGCAGGAUGACCAAGUCGUCGACUUGACUCUCGACUCUGACGAAGAUGGCCGCUCGCGAGGCGAAGACCCCGACGAAGACCACGCCGGAGCAGGGGAGAGGUCGGAAGAGGGGAGCGAAGAGGACCGUGAAGAAGACGAAGGGGAAGACGAAGGAGAAGAUGAAGACGAAGGAGAGGACGAAGGUGAAGACGAAGGGGAAGACGACGGAGAUGUCGAAGGAGAAGAUGCAGGAGAAGAUGAGGAUGACGAAGGAGAGGACGACGAAGGGUUGGACGACGAAGACGAGUGGCUGGGUGAAGAAGAGAAUGAUGAAGAGUACGACCACGGCGACCAAGAAGGCGACGCAGAUGGGAACGAGGACGAGGAAUUUGCCUCUGAAGAAGAGGAAGAAUUCGAACGCCAAAGGCUCUUCCACCCUUCUGCGCGUUUCCCCGCACGUGAGAAACACGGCCGGGAAAGUGAACCGCAUCGCCAGUGGAGGCAAGAGGAGUCGGGAUCUCAUGACGAAGAGACGCCCUCAGAUGAAGGAGACGCGCAGCCACAAGACCCAGGGAAAGGCAAACGAAUGGCCUCCGAAGUCGAGCGUCUCCAAGCGCAGGGUUUGCACGCGCAUGCAAGUGAGCGAGGCGACAAAGAGAGACAUCCACAGCAGACAGAGCCGCCGGAAGACGGACAACACAGAGGGUCGGACCACGCAGAAAAAACCCAGGAAGGGACGGGCCGCGAAGGGACCUGGCCACGAAGUGGCGAGGCCAGCGAGGUGCCUGAAGAGAUCGCAGAGAAGCCCCGCGAGCAGGGGACCGGCCAGCGAAGGAAGUCGGGGAUGCUGCGUAUCGAAGAGGCCAACCAAUUCCUGCUUUCCUACCCACAGAAACCGCCCUAUGCCUCUGGGGACAGAGACUCCCUUCCUCUACCUGCGCAGAGUGUCUCCACCGACUCGAACUCUUCCACAUCGGUGGGCGCCUUUUCCUCCAGCUCGUCGGCAAAGGAAAUCCGCGUCGACUCGCUCUCAGAGUCUGCAGUUUCCCGAGCCGCACAAGAGGCAACAGACGGCACAUGGCCUGCGGACACGGAAGACGCUGCCGCGAACGACCUCCAGAACGCCCCGGAAGAAGCUUUCUGGCAACCGCUUCCGGGAGAGAGACUCGAAGCUGCUCCGAAGUAUCUUGUGGCGACUCCAGAUUUUAUUUCUGGAGAGGAAGAGAAGAACGGUUGCUGGCGCAAGCGAAGGCGCCAGCUUCUUGAUCUCGUGAUGGACCUCACAUCUCAGUUUCCGGAGACUAGACAAAUGGUGGAAGACGCGACUACGGAGAACUGGGGUGGACGCGAUUUCAAAGUGCUAGUCGCCUUUAUCCGGAACGGGAAGGCGGAGGCGUGUGGAUAG